AUGUCUGAAAACGAAGAGAAAUGGGAUGAUGAAGGACGUGAAUUCAUUACAACCAAUGGAUGCCUGAUGCUUGGAUCUCUACUUGUUCAAGCGCUUUCUGCUUUCAUUAUAUCUAUUGCAUUCAGAAAUUUAAGGAUAAUUAGGCAAUUAGAUGAGAAAGAGAAAAUGAGAAAAGAGUUGUCAAUGAGUACAGAAGAAGGAACCACAACUACUGGAACAACUACUGGAGGACUCAUUUCUCCGAGAUAUUUCAAUAGUGAUGAAUAUAAAACGAGGCAGGGAAGAAAAAGAAUUAAAAUGAUAGGAAAAGCGGCAUACGCGGGAGUGAGACGUCGACAUCCGAGAAGGGAUCCGAAGCAGGAAAGAACACCGUCUGAUGAAUAUGUGAAAUUAUGGAAAGAUGAUAAGUUGGAGGAUGUGAAAGAAGAAAAGGAGAAGACGAAAGUUGAAACAAUUUCCAAGAAACAGAAGAGUAGUACAGCGAAGAGCCAUGCGAAAAAGAAACCGAAAAAAGAAUAUGACGACCAAAAGUUCACAAACAAGGGACCGGUUCGUCUAAAAACUCAUAAAAUCACUGCAAAUUCCUUAUUCGAAGAGAACCCAGAAGUGAAACCAGAGAAACCGAAAACAAUCAAAAAAAUAUCAUUUGGAGGAGAGAAUGUGAGCUAUGAAGUUGGAAAUGAAGUCGAUGUAUUCGAGAAGUUAUCGAAUGAAAGUGUCGGAGAAUCUGGUGGAUCCAUUCUGACGGCCAGUAUAAAAGAGGUGAAACCGAGAACUGAUUGA